GUCACACAUCUCUCCAAACUCCCCCCAUUUUCCCUCAAGAACACUUUAUUUCAAAUCUCUACUGCUCCUCUCUCACUCUCACCCUCUCAAAAUUUUCUCCCCAUCCAAACAGCUGCCCGUUACCCUUUAAAUCUUUAUUACCUCCCUAAAUUCCUAUUUCAUCCCCAAAAUCUUGCCCUAAGUUUUCCACUGGCAUAAAAAAGUUAACGCUUCAACUUUUUCUCUUACUAAAGAAUAAGAGGAAAGAACAAAGGAAGGUAACAUCUCACCCGUUCUAAGAAAAUGCCGUUCAUUUCUGAGGCGGCGAGCGCAAUCAAGAGCCGGUUUGGUUUUCAUAACCGCUCUGCUUCCGAGUCAGGUCCGGCAACUGUUCCAAGCACUCCAGAUCUGCUAAAAUCCGCUUCACGAGAGAAUACUUCUUCCGUUUCCACGUCAGUAAUUCGAAGAAUCGAUGAUUGGGAGGAUGGUGCUGAAGAAAGCAAUGGAUUGGUGGCUGAUCCGCAGACUAAGAGCUUUGAGAUUUGUGAGGAUCCUUCCUUCUGGAAGGAUCACAAUGUGCAGGUUAUUAUAAGACUACGUCCACUUAGUAGUUCAGAAAUAUCCGUACAAGGCUAUGGCAAGUGUGUUAGGCAAGAGAGUUGUCAAACAAUCACUUGGACAGGGCAUCCAGAGUCGCGUUUCACCUUUGAUCUUGUAGCUGAUGAGACUGUUAGUCAGGAGAAACUGUUCAAAGUGGCUGGAUUGCCGAUGGUGGAAAAUUGCAUAGGAGGGUAUAAUAGUUGUAUGUUUGCGUAUGGACAAACUGGAAGUGGGAAGACUCAUACAAUGCUUGGGGAUAUUGAGGGAGGCACUCGAAGACACAGUGUCAACUGUGGAAUGACACCUAGAGUAUUUGAAUAUUUGUUCUCUAGAAUCCAGAAGGAAAAAGAAGCUCGUAGAGAUGAAAAGUUAAAAUAUACAUGUAAAUGCUCAUUUUUGGAAAUAUACAAUGAACAGAUUCUUGAUCUGUUGGACCCAUCAUCUAAUAACUUACAGAUAAGAGAAGAUGUAAAGAAAGGGGUGUAUGUAGAAAAUCUCAAGGAGAUAGAAGUCACAAGUGCUCGAGAUGUGAUUCAACAACUUAUUGAGGGUGCAGCAAAUAGAAAAGUAGCUGCCACUAACAUGAAUCGUGCAAGUAGUCGCUCCCAUAGUGUAUUUACAUGCAUCAUUGAAAGUAAGUGGGAAUCACAAGGUGUAACUCACCACCGCUUUGCACGGCUUAAUCUUGUUGAUUUAGCAGGAUCUGAGAGGCAAAAGAGUUCUGGUGCUGAGGGUGAACGUCUCAAGGAAGCUACUAAUAUCAAUAAGUCUCUUUCAACAUUGGGACUUGUAAUUAUGAACCUUGUAAGUAUAUCUAAUGGAAAGUCACAACAUGUCCCUUACCGGGAUUCAAAGCUUACAUUUUUGCUUCAGGAUUCACUAGGAGGGAAUUCAAAAACUAUCAUCAUUGCAAAUAUUAGUCCUUCUCUAUGCUGUUCAUUGGAGACAUUAAGCACAUUGAAGUUUGCUCAACGUGCGAAAUUCAUUAAGAACAAUGCAAUUGUUAAUGAAGAUGCUUCCGGAGAUGUUCUUGCCAUGCGCUUGCAAAUUCAACAGCUCAAGAAAGAAGUGUCCCGUCUACGUGGUUUAGUCAAUGGCGGAACUGAAAAUGUGGAAAAUGAUAAUUCAAUUAUAAGCUUUCCAGGAUCUCCUGGAACCUUUAAAUGGGAAGCACUUCACGGAUCAUUUAGUCCACUUGUGUCUGACAAAAGGAUGUCUCAGAAGAAAGACUUUGAAGUUGCCCUUGUUGGGGCUUUCAGGAGGGAAAAGGACAAGGACAUUGCACUCAAGGCAUUGACAGCUGAAAAUCAAGCAGCUAUGAAACUGGCCAAGCAAAGAGAGGAUGAAAUACAAGGACUAAAAAUGAGGUUACGGUUUCGAGAAGCAGGAAUCAAGAGGUUAGAGGCUGUUGCUUCUGGAAAGAUUUCAGCUGAGACACACUUGUUAAAAGAAAAAGAGGAGCAUCUGAAGGAAAUUGAAGUUUUACGGACUCAGGUUGACCGGAACCAAGAAGUCACAAGAUUUGCUAUGGAAAACUUGCGUCUAAAGGAAGAAAUUAGAAGAUUAAAGUCAUUUUAUGAAGAAGGUGAACGGGAGAUGAUGAGUGAGCAGAUGAUGGUGUUACAGAAUAAGUUGCUAGAAGCUCUUGAUUGGAAACUUAUGCAUGAAUCAGAUCCACUUGAAGUUCAGAAAGCAAAUUCAAAUGCAAAGACAGAAAUUUAUAGUGAUCCAGUAAUUUCUAAUCAGGAACCACAAACACCCAGGCGCUCUGCAAUAACCGAGGAGAAUGAAUUCCUUCGCAUGCAGGCAAUUCACAAUCAGUCAGAGAUGGACGCACUCCGCAAGCAGUUGGGCUUUUGCCUUGAAGAGAAAGAAAAUUUGGGAAGGCAUGUCAAUGAUCUGUUAGCAGAACUUGAAGAAGUGAGAUCCAUUGUGAAGGAAGGAAAACAGCAAAUUGAGCUUUCUCCUUUGUCUGCUGAUGCAUCAGUUAUCAAUGUUCAUGGUCAAAUGGAACUUAAAACAAUGGUUGAUGCCAUAGCUGCAGCAAGUCAAAGAGAAGCAGAAGCUCAUGAGAAAGCAAUUACUUUGUCCAAAGAGAACGAAGAGCUACAGAUAAAACUAGAAGCUUGUCUGGAGACAAACAAUGAGCUGCAGACUAAGCUUAAAGCUUUGAUUGAGGAAAAAAAUAGUCUCAUUGAAAUGUAUGAACGAGCAGCUUCAGAAAGCAGCAAUAAAACUAUUAAGAAAGCAGUGUGUGCUGAGCAAAAUGAUAUGGAAAUUCAUUUUCAUGGUGAUUCCGUUGAAUCUGCUAAAGCAAAAGAGAUUGAGAUGGAAACAAUUGCUAAGAACCUAGAGCACCAGCUUAUGGAAAUAAACGAAGAAAAUGAGAGAUUGAUGGGUUUGUACGAAAAAGCCAUGCAUGAGAGGGAUGAGUUCAAAAGAAUGCUUUCUACCUGUGGACAGAACAGAGUUGAAUCUAGAGAAGUAGAUUGCCCAGAAAAGCUUGUUGAAGUUGAUGGAGGUAAAUAUCCAGAGUCAUCUGUACCUCUCUUCACUGAAGCAAAUAUGCUGCAUGAAAAUGUUGAGAUAUCUGCCAUAGGUGAUGAAGCAAAUGUUUAUACUGAAGGAGUUCCUUCUUCUGGCUUUGACGAUGCGGUUAAUGCAUGCAGACAAAUUCACGGUGAUCAUCAAGCAGAAACAGAAAAUCAGGCUGGUUUUGAAUCUUUUUAUGAUUUGGAAACAGAACCAUCAAAUCUUACUUCAAUCAAAGUUUCUGGAGAUCUAGAGUUUGUCAGGAUGAAGCUGGAAAUGGCAGAGCAAAAGGUUUCAGAUUCUGCAAAAACACUUGCCGUCCUAGGUUCAAUUGAGAAAGCUAUUGUGGAGUUUGAUAAACUUUGGAGGGAAAUAGAAUCAGCAGAAGAUGGGUUCCAGGUCAAGGAGAAAGAGCUUACGUCCUUGCAAGUCCUUUCUUCAGAGAUCCAAGAAAGAAAAGCUUUCUUAGAUAAGAAGUUGUCAGCACUCAAAUAUUCGCUAUCAAGCUUUUCUCAGUCAGUUGUUUACUAUGAACAGCGAGAAGCUCGGGCAAGGGAAAGGGUGAAUGCUUCAUCAACUAACCUGGAGCAAAAGAAAGAGGAAUUGGCUCGUCUUCAAGUUUGCAAGGGUGAAAUUGAUGCUGCCUUGAGUAGGGCUCAACAAACAGAAGUUGAGUUGAGGAAUAAUCACACGAUUUUGAAAUCCAAACUCGAGGAAGAGAAGCGUAGGCAAGAGAAUGAAAAGGUGCUACUGGCGAUAGAUAAUGUUGACAAAGUAGACACCUCAUUUAGAAAUUGGCAUUUAGGCGGUAAAGCUACUGAUUUACUCAAGUCAGAGGAAGAAAAGAUAAAGCUGCAAACUGAGAUAAAGCAAUCCCGGGAGAAGCUUAGUCUCAUAAUAAGUGAGCUUGAUGAUCUGAAUAAGAAGUCCAGGAAGAUAGAGCAAGAAUUGCAAACUGUUCAAAUGGACAUACAGAAAGAGUCAAGGAUAUUGGAAGAGUUGGAAGUUGCACUUCGGAGAGUAGUCCAAGAAAAGGAAACCCUCUUGGAAGUCGGAGAGAAUGGAAAAUCUGAAGUUCAAAAUACAAUUCUUGAAUAUCAAAAUAAUGUAUUUGAUGCAGAUUUGAAAGUGGAGGAGAUAAAGGCAUUGGAAGAACAAAUACUGAUAGAAUUGAGAAGACUGGAUGAGUUAAGAAUGGUGAGGAUAACAGCAGCUGAGAAUAUGACUAAACUGUUAGAAACCAGAAGCUGCAAUUCAUGCUUAUUAUCUGAAAAAAUGGAAGAAGAACUGCGAAAUGUUUGGAAUUCUCUUGUGGAGGCAAAGACAUUACUAGAAGGGAAUUUGAAUUUCUGUUAGCUCCUCCGUUCAAAUGUUGUUUGUUUUACGACAUUUGUACAGAAGAUUGAUAUCCUGAUGUAAUGUUUGCGAAUGUUUUAUCUUUCAUUUUCUGUUAAUAUCAUACCCUCCUUGAUAAUAACACACUAGGGAUAUCUGUAGAAGCUGGUCCUGAGUUGAUGAAAGUUUGCUUCACAAGACUUGUGCAGAGUAAAUUUAUGCUUGUUCUCUUGACAGCAACGUAACUUUGUACCGGCUAAUAUUAAUAUGCUGGCAUCAGACAGUGAAUUUUUAUUGAUUGUUCCAUUGAAUUUUGACGUCAA